UAAAAAAGAUUAACAUUAAUUUUGUGUUCAAUCCGAAAUACUUAAGUAAGGAAAUACUAAUAUGAAUUUAGAAAGGGAGAAAACUUUAGCUAUUUUAUGUUGUCCUAUUAUUUCUUCCGUUUUUAUUUAGUUGCAUCACUUUAGUUUUCACGGACUCCUAAGCAAUUUUUGGAGUAGAUAGAAAAGAAUUGGGCCCAUAUGAUAGGAGAGAGAUAGAGAGAAUUUAUUUUAUUUUAUUUACUUUUUUUUUUGAAAAGAAAAGUAAUUCAUUAAUAGAAGAGUCAUACGACCUAUAAUAUAAAUCAAAACUAGCAAAUACAAAUACAAUACAAACUGAAUCAAAUAAUAUUCUAAUUUGACAAAACUACGAUCGUUAUUAUCUGGAUCUGACAUUUCUAAAUGCCCUCUUUCACACCGCUGUUUGAUACAACUUUUCACGAGGGGGUCUUUCGAUCUAUUGUAGUUUUGAAAUCGAACACCAUUUGAUACAAUUGAUUGUAUAUGUAGAAUUAACCUCCAUGGCGACACAGCACAACUCCUCAUCAACAAAUCAAUUUUUCUUACAAAAUUAAAGAACAUAGCCCCAAAACUCUCAAAAAAAAGAAAAAAUUAACCCGAUAUACGGGUAGAAAAACUCUCAAAUAGAGAGACAACAAUUAUUGUGAGCAUAAAGUAAAAAACUAGUACGAAACUAAGAGAUUAAGGGCUUACCAUCAACCAAAAGGUUGGUGGUAGCCCCUACACACAAGAAAUUUUUUUUUAGGGUUUUUGAGGAGUAAGUGAAAAGAGGAGAGGCGGAGAUAAACAAAUUAUUUACAGAGAGAAUUUAUUAGUUAAAAAAGAAAGUGAUGCAACUGAUUUGAAACUUUCAUUUUAGAAAAGCGAUGCAACUAAAAUAAACGGAAAAAAUAUAUACAUAUUUUUUUUUAUCAAUUUUAUAAUUUUAUUCGAUAUUACUCCAUAAUCUUCAAUAUGUUAGACCACACUCCUUAUUAUUUUCACAUGAGGUUUAUUAAACUUGUUAAAACUUAUUUUUAUUAAUUCAAUAUCAUAACAUCUCUAUCCCAUUUUUUUUUUGCCCCAAUUUCUUUUUUAAUCCGUCCGUUAAAGGUUGCUCUAUGCUAUUAAUGUAGAUAGGGACUAUUAUUUUGCUCUCACAAAAUAAUCUCAUAAAUUCCACUCAAGUACUCGUAAAACUUAAUACAGUGAAAUAUUUUUAUGGGACAAACAAUUGAGGACGAAGAAAGUGCUUGUUAUUGAACUUACUGAUUUUCACAGUCACAAUAUACUCUAUUAUUUUUGUUUUUUGGUACAAACUUAAUUAUCUUGACAAUAAUAAUAAUAAUAUAAAGUUAAAGUGGUUAAUGAUUAUACGAGUAUCGUCUAAAUUUUUUCAUUUUCCCCCUCUCAAAAAAUAGCACAAAAGUAAACCAUUUUCAAAAAUUUUAAGAGUAAGAAUACCCGCUAAAAUGUGAUCAUCUAUAAAUUCAAAUCAACUCCUCUUAAAAACGCUUCCAUCUCAAAACUCAUAACCAACUCCCAGCAGCAGUUAGAGAGAGAAAGAAUGGCGAGUAUGGCGAUGGUGAGUCCAGUUGCAGAGCAACUCCAUAACCACAAUCAUCAUACGCACAUUACAGAGCAAAUGAUCAAUUUCAAGCUCAAGGAAAGGAAGAAGCUCUCUCUCGAAAACUACCUUUCCUUCCUCCAAUCUGGCGAUUCUACCACCUUCACCGUCGAUCAACUCAAUAUGAUAAUUUCAAUCCAUGGUUUCAAGAAGGCCAGUCAACGGAAGAAAGCUGAAGAAGCACUGAAACAACUCGAGCCAAUCGAUGCAGCGCGAUCAACUCUGACCGAAGACAUUUCAUCAUCAAUCAAAGCAAACAUGGACUUCAACGAAGCAGUCAAGGAUCUCAAAGCUCUCAAUUGGCAAGAGUGCUCAAUCAUUUCCUUCAAAUCAAUCAAACCGGAGAAUGACAAACUUGUCCUCGUCUCUCCUUCAACUGCAACUACCACCAAAUCAGGAUCUCUGAAGGUGAAGAAGAAGCCUAAGUUAGCAUCGUCGAUGAUUAGCUCAGGCAGUGUUCCGAAUGAGAGUGGUGGUUCUGGUACUAGUCACAGCUUGGUUCCUGUUUUUCCUUCUGCAACAGCUCCCAAAAUGCGGAAGACUGUAAAGCGGCGGAAGUUAGCAUCAUUGACUGAGAGCUCCUGCAGUGGUCCUAGCAUUGACAGUGGCAGAGGUUCUGGUGGUUGUUCGUCGUCUUCACUUUCAGCAGGAGGAGGGAAGAGAGGUGGUGGGAAGAAAAUGCUCCAUGCAAUAGUCUGCCUAGGGGCUAAUUAGCAGUACUGAAAGAUAGUUACAAACUGAGCCUCAAUAGGAUAUGGCUGUUUUAUAACUCCUAAUCACGUUUUCGUGGCGGUUUUAGUGCUGUUAGCUACAAUUUGUUUCUUAAUGGUGGACUUGAAGUUUAAAGGAGAUAAAUAUUAGUAGAGUUUGUGCAUUCGAUUUUGUUUAGUUCCACUGGAAAUACUUUAUCAGACACUGUAAUUUUUGGAUUUUGCUAUGCUAAUUGAAGAGAUUG